AGUAUUUUUAGUAUAACAUAGUUUUAAUAGACUUUGAAUAAUUUUGCUUUUGCAUGUGUUUUUUUGAUUGGUGAUUGUGUUCGCUUAAAAUGUAAAAGGAAGAUUUCCAAAGAAGAAAUUAGGAAGCUUUAUAAUGGAACGGCUUCGUAUAUUUAACGGUAAUACGUGUACGUUCGAUGCCGAUGUAAACGAUUCCGAGGUAAGGACACGAUUGAUGCCGGUAAAGGCCAAUAAAAUGACAGAAACUUCUUCCGAACGCGAAACUAGAGCUUCCGAACGUCUCAGAAAAACUUCCAGGGAUGAGCCGAAAAAGAUACCGGAUAUCAUUGUCGAAAUGGCUAAACCGACAAAAGAACCCAAUGUGGAUUUUGAACGAAAUAAAAGCCGCAUAUCCAGAAACGUCGCCUUAAAUCGAUCGUUCAACUCUAACUCUAAAUUAGAAUUAUUAAAACAGCAAAAACUUGGUGCUAAGAGUAAAGAAAACGAAGACUGUUCUAAACCAAAAAAACAUUUUGAAUCUUCAAACGACAUCACCGACGGUACCGUGACUGCCGUCAAAGGCGGUUCGAUAAAAGAUAGACUUGCGGCUUUGAAAAAAAGUGGGCAAGCUGACUGGCAAAAGAGGAUUUCAAAAAUAAAACCCGAAAAUCACGAAUUAUCCAAUAAUUCUAUUAAUGCGGCACAAGAUAUUUUGCGUAAACAGCUUACCAAACAGGUGAAAUCCACCGAAGAACCGGCUGAAUGUAUUGACAAUGUACUGGUCGAUCGACUUAACCAAUUAGAAACCGCGUCCAAAGAUUGGAAGAAACGAGUUGAGCAAAAAGAUACCGCCAACUUCACGGUGGCUGGAAAAAUGCAACAAAAAGUUUUGCCAGCUCUUGCCCCAGCUCUGGUAGCACUCAACCGACGGCCCUCAGACAGAUUAUCACCCA